GGGCCGAUGUGGGUAGAUGGGGUUGGUCACCAAAUAUAAGGCCUGACUGGGCACCCUGCCUUCUAUAGGUCCUGCUGGACAGCCACCAUGGCUUCUCAGCCCCUCAGGCUAGAAGAGUCUGGCCCAAGCCCUGGGGAGUCUGAACUGGCUGUGAACCCCUUUGAUGGGCUCCCCUUCUCUUCCCGCUACUACAAGCUGCUUGAGCAGCGACGAGCCUUGCCUAUCUGGGCUGCUCGCUUUGUCUUCUUGGAGCAGUUGGAGAGUAGCCCCAGCGGAGUGGUGCUGGUGUCUGGGGAGCCAGGCACUGGCAAGAGUACCCAGAUCCCUCAGUGGUGUGCUGAGUUUGCGUUGGCCAGGGGGUUCCAGAAGGGCCAGGUUACUGUCACUCAGCCCUACCCUCUGGCAGCUCUGAGACUGGCUCUGAGGGUUGCCGAUGAGAUGGACCUGACCCUGGGCCAUGAAAUUGGCUACAGCAUCCCCCAGGAGGACUGCACUGGGCCUGACACCCUGCUCAGGUUCUGCUGGGACAGGCUGCUCCUGCAGGAGGUGGCCUCAACCCGGGGCCCCGGAGCCUGGAGUGUGCUGGUGUUGGAUGAGGCCCAGGAGCGGUCAGCGGCCUCAGAUUUGCUCCAGGGGCUGCUGCGAGAUGCCAAGCUGGGAAACCUCCCAGGGGACCCCAGGGUGGUUGUGGUCACUGACCCAACCUUUGAACCCAAGCUCCAAGCCUUCUGGGGCAAUAGCCCUAUUGUGCAUGUACCCAGAGAGCCUGGUGGGCGCCCCACCCCAACCUACAGGGACACUGCACCUGCCGACCGGGUGGAGGCUGCCUGCCAGGCGGUGCUUGCCUUGUGUCGGGAGAAGGUUCCAGGUGACGUGCUAGUGUACCUGCCCAGUGAGGAGGAAAUUGCCCUGUGCUGUGAAUCCUUGUCCAGGGAAAUGGGACCCCUGGCUCCCCAAGGGCCACCCCCACGGGUACUGCCCCUUCACCCAGGCAGUGGUCACACCAUCCAGGCUGUGUACGAGGACCUAGACGCAGGGGCCCGAAAGGUUGUGGUCACUCACUGGCUGGCCGACUUCUCCUUCUCCCUCCCUUCCAUUCGACAUGUCAUUGACGCAGGACUGGAGCUCCGAAGUGUUUACCACCUUCAGAUCCGAGCAGAAUUCCAAGUAUUGAGGCCAAUCAGCAGGUGUCAGGCAGAGGCAAGACAACUGCGGGCAGAAGGGUUCCCACCAGGAUCCUGCCUCUGCCUGUAUCCCAAGUCCUUCCUAGAACUGGAGGCCCCCCCACUGCCCCGACCCAGGCUGUGUGAGGAGAAUCUGAGCCCCCUGGUAUUACUACUAAAGCGGAGACAGAUCGCAGAGCCCGGGGAGUGUCACUUCCUGGACAGGCCUGCUCCUGAAGCCCUGAUGCAGGCCCUGGAAGACCUCGACUAUCUGGCAGCCCUGGAUGAUGAUGGGGGCCUGUCGGACCUGGGAGUCGUCCUUUCCGAGUUCCCCUUGCCUCCUGAGCUAGCCAAAGCCCUGCUGGCCUCGUGCGAGUUUGACUGCGUGGACGAGAUGCUCACCCUCGCGGCCAUGCUCACUGCUGCCCCUGGGUUUACCCAUCCUCCACUCUGUGCAAAAGAAGCUGCUCUGCGUCGGGCCCUAGAGCACCCAGACGGUGACCACAGCUCCCUGAUCCAGGUGUAUGAAGCUUUUAUACAGAAUGGGGAGGAUGAGGCUUGGUGCCAGGCUCGGGGUCUAAACUGGAUGGCAUUGUGCCAGGCCCGUAAACUUCGUGGAGAGCUCCUGGAACUCAUGCAGCGAAUUGAACUUCCCUUGUCCCAACCAGCCUUCGGUUCUGAGAAGAAUCGCAGGGAUCUUCAGAAAGCACUGGUGUCAGGAUUCUUCCUCAAGGUGGCCCGAGACACAGAUGGGACUGGAAAUUACCUGCUCCUAACCCAUAAACAUGUGGCCCAGCUCUCCCCAUACUGCUGCUACAGAAGCCGCCGAGCCCCAGCUGAACCCCCACCAUGGGUGCUUUACCACGAUUUCUCCAUUUCCAAAGACAACUGCCUUUCCAUUGUUUCUGAGAUUCAGCCGCAGAUUCUGGUAGAGUUGGCCCCCUCAUACUUCCUGAGCAAUUUGCCCCCAAGUGAGAGCAGAGACCUUCUGAACCAGCUGAGGAAAGAAAUGACAGAUUCUUCAGCCGGGAGUGACUCCUCCUCCAGCCAGGAGCUCAGAGAUGCCUGUGUCCUGCAGUGACCCACCUAAAGAAGGGAGCUGAGCUCAUCUCACCAUCAGAUCCUCCAUCAGGCCAGCACCAAGGCAGCCUGCUGGAUUUGGAA